GCUCUGCUUCAUGCAGUCAGGCCAGUUGGGAGGGUCAGGGUGGUCCAGAACCCUCACACAAACCCAUCAUCCCAUCUUCCUCCCUCUCUCCGCAGCUGGCAGCCCAUCAUGAAGUUCAUCAAUGACCAGUACGAGAAGUACCUGCAGGAGGAAAUCAACAUUAACCGGAAGAAGCGGAUUCCCGACACGCGAGUGCACUGCUGUAUAUACUUCAUCCCAGCCACCGGCCACUCGCUCCGACCACUAGACAUCGAGUUCAUGAAACGCCUGAGCAAAGUGGUCAACAUCGUCCCCGUGAUUGCAAAAGCCGACACGUUAACGCUGGAGGAGAGGGACUACUUCAAACAAAGGAUAAUGGCCGAUCUUCUUGCCAAUGGGAUCGACGUGUAUCCUCAGAAGGAGUUUGAUGAAGACUCUGAAGAUCGGCUAGUGAACGAGAAAUUCAGGGAAAUGAUCCCGUUUGCAGUGGUGGGAAGUGACCAGGAGUACCAGGUUAAUGGAAGAAGAAUCCUUGGAAGGAAGACCAAGUGGGGCACCAUUGAAGUGGAGAACACGACACACUGUGAGUUCGCCUACCUGCGGGACCUCCUCAUCAGGUCCUACCUGCAGCCAGAAGACAUCACCUUCCUGCAUCCCAGGAUCGUGCCAUU